AUGGACAACCACCCUUCCCCCGAUUUUCGCGCGCAGCAGUUCCCAUCGCAUAGCGAGCCAAGAGUAUGGCUAAUCACCGCCGGAGACUCGCCGAUUGGCAUCUCGGUCGCGCGGCAGGUCCUUGCGCAUGGUGAUUCUGUUCUGCUGGGACUCGCGCAUACAGUUUUGGAACGAGAUCAACGCCGUCGGGAUGGAUACGAAGCUUUUCUCGCUGAAGUUGAGGAGCACAGCGACGAAGGAUGGAAGGACCGGAUGAAGGCGGUCCCUCUGGAUAUAAGAAUGAUGGGCGAAUGCCAAGCAGUUGUCGCAGAAGCGGCGGCGACAUUUGGCCGGGUAGACAUACUUCUUUGCUGCACCAGUCAAGCUUUGAUUGGCACUGUCGAGGAGCUGUCGGCUUCAGCGCAAACCCUGAACCUUGUGCGCGACCAAUUCGAGAUCAACUACUUCGGUCCUCUGAAUAUAAUCAAAGCUGCCUUGCCAUACAUGAGAAGAGAAAGCAGUGGCCAUGUGAUGAUUCUAUCAGGAAUCACGGCACACAUUGGCACUCCAGGCCUUGGAAUGUACUGCGCAGCUGGUUGGGCCCUAGAAGGAUUUUGCGACAGCCUCGCCUUCGAGGUCGCACCUUUCAACAUCAAAGUCACGAUCUUCCAAUGCAGCAUCGAAAUUGGCAUUCUCACCAACCUUGUCACCAGCGUGCCACCGAUCUUCCCCGCGUAUUCACCAUCAAACAACAGCGCGCCUCUCUUCCGUGGGAUACUCAACCACCUCGUCCCUCGACUUCCAGACGCUCAAUCUGAGGGCUUGCAAAACCAACCGACCUCGUCCCGGAAAGACAAUCCAGAGAACACGAGAGUCAGUUCAGUUGAGAAUGGCCCAUUCUCCGUCCCUGAAGUCGUCUCUAUGCACCCGCCAUUAAGUUCGGCGCACUUGGAGGUUCUGGUGUCUGAAACCGUUUAUGCUAUCACAUCUAUUGGCGGGCAUGAAAAUCCGCCAUCCCGUCACAUUGUAGGACAGGAAGGCGUUGCCAGUGUGAAGGAGAAAUUGAAGACAGUUAGCGAAGAGCUGGAAGACUUUAUUCAGGCUAGUUUUGCGGUUGAUGUUGCAGCAGACUCGGAUCCUAUGCCUCCAAUCGUUUAA